UGCUGCGGAGCGAGCUGCCUGUUUACGUGUCUGCGCGCUUUACCUUUCCGUAGACCUUAUCCCGUUGCUGCUGCCGCGAGUGCGCCACUGCUGCGGGUGACAUGGUUCUGGUUGCCCGACGGAUUUCCGGAUUCAAAUGCGCGCCGCGCCGCUUUCGGGACGAUGAAGAGUGGAGCGACUCGGAAAAGACACCGUCCGUAAGCAGCGGACUGGAAGGCGGGGGCUCAGCGGUAUCGAGCCCCACGGGUCAGCUCGCCGACGAGGAGCUCGUCACGCUGCCGCCUCCACCUCGACUCAACGCCGUCGCCGGAGUCGCCGACGACAUCCUACUCCGGCUGAGUGCCCUGCCCGAGGAUGCGAGGAAGCGGCUCGCCUCGCUUACCGACGAAUACGAGAGCGGACGAGCGCCGCGAGAGCAGCCGCGCGGCCAGCAGCAGCAGCAGCAGCAGCACCACCACCAUCACCACCACCACCACCACCACCAUCAGCCGCCACGGCCGAAUUCGGUGCAAGACUCGAGUCCGAAAUCCCUGAGCCGGCUGGACACGGUCGUAACCGACGAGGACUCUAACACGGCAGUGAAGGAAGAGGAGAGCAGCGCUGGCCGAGCCUCCUCGUCUUCGUCCUCGUCGAACAACGGCGGCGGCGGUGGCGGCGGUGGCGGCGGUGGCGGCGGUGGCGGCAGCGGCCAUCGCCGGCAGCGCAACGAGUCGACGCGCCGCGACUCCGAAGACUCGAGGACGCGCUGCUCGUCCGUCGACGAAGUGACGCUGAUCGCCGAGGCCAAGAGGGCGCGCCUCGACGACGACGUGGCUAUGAUAGCCGGCACGGUUGGCCAUGCUGCGCCCAGACUGAGACUCAAUGCUAGUCUGGCGACGGACCCUGCUCUGCGACCCCAGGCCGUCGCCGCUCUCACCAUCAAGCCCGAAAACUCGGCCUCGCCGCCGAAUUCCACGCCGCCGCUCUCCGCUGGUCUUCAGAAUGCGAUAGCGACGGGCCGCUUAUUCGUGCUGCCGAACGACAGCAAGGACGGCCUGAGCGUAGACGCGGCAGCGGCGGCGGCGGCAGCGGUGGCCGCUGCCGCAGCCUCGCGCCCGAUACCGCUGAUGUGUCCGCCGUGCGGCAUCCGGUUCAGCUCGGCGAGCACGCUGGAGGCGCACCAGAAGUACUACUGCUCGCACAGGCCGCGGCUGGAGAGCGAGGCCGAGAACAACGAGGACGACGACGAGAAGAGCAGCUCGAGUGCCGCCGCCGGGCAGAACAGCGCCGGCAAGUUCGAGACGCGCAAGGCCUACGCGUGCCCGCACUGCUCCUACAGCGCCGACAAGAAGGUCUCGCUCAAUCGGCACAUGCGGAUGCACGCGGCCUCGCCCGUGCAGCCGGUCCAGCCGGCCGCCGCGCUGCCGGCCAACUCGGCCAACCAGGCCGCCGCGGCCCAGCAGAACAGCGGCGGCGGCGGCAGCGGCGGCGGCGGCGCCGCCGCCGCGCCGGCGAACGGCUCGCUCAACGAGGAGGCCGAGAGAUACUGCCGGAACUGCGACAUCAGGUUCAGCUCGCUCAAGACGUACCGCGCGCACAAGACCCACUACUGCAGCACGAGGCACGUGGUGAAGGACACGGCCUCGGCGAGCAUGGCGACGAGCGCCUCGUCGACGAGCGCCUCGUCGAUGAAGGGCUCGCCGCCCACCAGCUCCAGCCCCGGGGACUCGCCGCCGCCGCAGCCGUGCCUGGCCCUGCCGACCAAUCCGAUCCUCAUCGUGCCGUACUCGCUGGUGCGCGGCGCCUCGGUGCUCGCCGCCCCGGGCCUGCCCGCCCCGGACACGCCGUGCUUCCUCCUGCCCAACGGCACGCUCCAGCCCAUGACCCGCGGCCUGAGCGCCGUGACCAGCAGCAGCCCCACCACGGCCAGCGCGCCCUCCGGCGCCGGCCUCGACGGCAGCGUGCUCAGGGCGGUCAACAAGCCGGCCACGCCGGUGGCCGUCGCGCCCGCGAGCGCCGGCUCGCCCAACUCGGCCGCCUCCGCACCCCUCGACCUCAGCGUGCGCAAGUCCCCGGACCACGAGAAGGAGAACCGAGUCUCGCCGCUGGCCAACUCGUUGCCGCCGCCGCCGCCGGGCAGCCCGAGGUCCAGAGGCAGCGCCAGUCCGCGCGCUCGAUCGCUGUCCGCGACGCAGUCGAUCGACCGGAUGCCGCCCGCGCCGCACACCGAGUUGGCGCUCAGGCUCGCCGAGUUGCCGCCGCCACCCGUUCCCGGUGUUCUCGUCAAGCAGGGUGUCUCCAGGUGCAAGGAGUGCAAUAUCGUGUUCUGCCGGCACGAGAAUUUCGUCGCCCACAAGAAGCAUUACUGUCAGGCACGCGAAAGUAGCGUAACGAGUCCGCCGCCCGCUGGCACGCCGUCGCCUCCGCUGGUCCAGCUGAUCUGCGCGCCGUGUGGUAUCAAAUUCGCCUCGAUGGACAAUCUCGUUGCUCAUCAAGCGUUCUACUGCCUUAAAAGAUCCGAAUCUCACGAUCACCAGUCGCGGUGUCCAAAGUGCAAGGCGAUCAUCGAAGCGGGGGCGAGCCACGCGUGCACGAGUGGCCAAAGUGGCGGUUGGAGAUGUCCGGUUUGCGGAGCUGUCAGUCCAACCGCGGGGGCGGCACAGCGACACAUGGACGCACAUCAAGGAGUGAAAGCUUUCAGAUGUACCAUUUGUCGAUACAAGGGUAACACGUUGCGAGGAAUGCGGACUCACAUCAGAAUGCAUUUCGAGAAGCGCGGAGCCGAUCUCCAGGAAGAGAGCUACAUAACGUGCUUGCUGGAGGACGACGUAGCGGCGCCUACCCCUGAGCCUGCGCCGGCCACGACCCCGGAGGAAAUUCCCGCGGAUCCGCAACAAGUGAACGGCAAGAGCGAGCCCCUGAUCUCUCGUAAAAGUCCACAGGCAGCGCCGCCAGCCACGUCGCCGGCAGCUUCGCCAGUGCCGGCUGCGCCGCUAUCGACCGCUGCUUCGGGCAAGGUCAAGCAGGAGCGCGAAGACACGCCACCCCCGGAGGAAAGUCUCGAUGCUAGUAAGCCUGGUCCGCGGUACUGUCGCUCGUGCGACAUCAGCUUCAACUACCUUAGUACUUUCAUCGCCCACAAAAAGUUCUACUGCUCGAGUCACGCGGGCGAGGCGAGCAACAACAACAACAAUAACAAUAAUAACAGUGCAGCGGCCGCAACGCCGGCGACUACGCCUCCUGCUGGACGUACCGAGGCUUCCGUACUUUGAGCUCGUUGAGCUUGCCAUCUCGGUCUGAUCCUUUAACUUCGAUCGAAAAUGUUCGACGCUUGAUUCGACAAAUAUUCUUUCGUCAUUUUCACGUAUUUCAUCGGUUAAAUUUGUAGGCGCUCAUUCAGUUCAUAUUACUUGUAUUUUUAGAAUUUUUAGGAUCAGUUGUUACAAAUUUUUUAUGACCAGUCGGCAUUUUUCGUUUAUUCUAGAUUCAAUUGAUAUGAGACUUGAAAAAAUAUGAGACCGACGCUCGAGCGAGAAGCUUUAUAGGACUGUUACUUGUUGCCAGUUUAUUAAUACAUUUAGAACAUUGGUUAUUUGUUUUAUUAAGUGACGAUAAACAAUGUGUGAUUUUUUUGUUGAUCCAGGGAAUUGUUUGUACAUGUAAGAUUCGACUUUUCGAACCAGCAAAAUAAUGUACAUACGGCAUUACGUUUUAUAAGAGACAUACAAUCGUCAGACGUUUGUGUGUUAGCCAAGCAAAAACCUAUUAUAGGAUUACAAUAUUGUUAUAAUAAAAUGUAAAUAUAAGACAUUCAAAAAGUUGGCUUGUGCAAAGGAGAGAAUGAUAUUGUGCAAGAAAUAAAAAAAGCAUGACUUAACAGGGAUUACAAUAAAACUAUUAACAAUCGCGGAAAGCUUUUUAAGUUUUGCAAAAACAAUUAAUUUGUACAUAGAUAAUUGUACCACCAUUUCUACAUAUAAAAAGAUAUAUCAUAUACGUAUUUGAAAAGUUAUUUUCAUAAAAUUGUAACUUCGUUAAGAGUUUUAAUUGGAAAGACGCGUAGUAUCAUCAUUUUAAAUAUAAUUUUUGAAUUGUUUAUAAAAAUAGAAUAUCCUUGAUUGAUCGAUGCGAGUCUCGUUGUAUUAAUUUUCAAAUAAGAAUCUUUGACUUUCUUUCAUAAAUUGAAACACUGUAACGAGGGAAAUCUCAUGACCAUUGAAUAAUCUCAUAGCAUAAUAAAAGUAUCGCGUGAUUCGAAGAGUUUCAAAUAGACCGAAUGUAUAAUGAUGUACAGUAGGGAAUAGAGUAUUAAGCACAUAAGGAAAAAGACACGAUUUUGAAUGAUACCAAUCUCAACUUGUGAAUCUGUUAAGUUAUUUUGCAAAGUAACAUGUUAUACAUGCAUAUAUAUAUAUAUGUGUGUGUGUGUGUGUGUGUGUGUGUGUGUGUGUGUGUAUGUAUAUGUAUGUAUACAUACAUGAUAAAAUAAGUAGUUAUGCACCUCUCAAUGAACCUAAUUUUGAAAUAUUUAUGACAUAAUUUUCGUCUCGAUUUUCCUAAGUAUUUUCUGAUGGAAGAAAUGGUUUAGUUAUUUUAAAUUCGUCAUAUUUUUACAUUAUACGAACAUAAAUUUUAAUAGAUGGAUAAAUCAGUGUCUCAUAGAGAAAAAAGUUACGAAACAAAAUAUUACAUGUUUGUUAUCUAGAGAGGUGCAAAUGUAUAAAUUAGUUAUUAAGGCCAGUGUUACAUGUAUACGAAGUGUACUACUCAUAUAUCAUGCGAUGAAAAAAACAUGAAAAUUUAUAAAUUUCUCCAUGGUAACAUUUUAAAUGACGCCAUUUCUCGCAACGCGUGAGGCUUGAUAAUCGUUUGAAUGAUAAAAUUGAAAAAAAGUCGAGUGUGUGAUGGUAAAGAUAUCAAAUAAAAAUCAAAUGCGCGCCAGUAUCAAUCGAAUGUGAUAUCAGUUUAUUAUUGUAUGAGCUCGAAAGACGUAAAAUCAUCAUAUACAUUUCUUCUGCUGACUUUUAUACAAUGUAUGGAUUAACCGUCACUGAAGGUCGUAAUACUGAUAGAAAUGAUAAAGUAUACGAAAUUUUGACAUUAUUUUAACCAAACCGAAACUUAUUUCAUUAAUUGUAAAAGAAAAUAAAAGGAAUCGUCCAUGUUACUGUAUUCUAUAGUGAUGCUGUUAAAAAACAACAUUGCAUGGUUUUAUUUGACGUGAUUACAUGUUUUCCCGUGGUAACAAUUGAAUCUUUAUAUCAUCAUCAUCAAAGUCUUUUACGUUAGACUUGUGUUUAUUGUUUUUAUUUUGAUAGAUGAAUUUUACAC